AUGCAACUAACUAUAUCCUUAGACUUCAGUGGUGACAUCUUGUCGGUAGAUGUCCCCGAUUCUUUGCAGCUUGAAGACUUUAAAGCGUAUUUGCUGGCUGAGACUGGAGUUGAGUUGAGUGAACAACAAUUGAGUUUAAAUGGUAUAGUAUUGGUGGCAAACAAGACUUUAGCAGAACUUGGGGUAAGGAAUAACGAUUUGUUGACCUUGUCCAAGACAUCGUCACAGGGAGCUGCUUUUCUGCCGCUGCAACUGCUGCACAAUCAAGUUGCAAAUUCUACCCACGCCGGUGUCGUUAUUCCACCUGAAAGCCAAAUCAAUAAUAGGAUUGAAAUGAUUAGACUUCAACUUCUAGCGGACCCACAGGCGCUUGAGAAUGUGAAAUUUUCUCAACCAAGUCUUUACGACUCGAUCAAUAAUCCGGUAAAGUUUAGAGAUUUGAUGAUAGAACAAGUAAGAGAGACCCAGAGGCAGGAAUCUUCCACCCAAGCGGAGCUCAUACGAUUGCAGCAGGAUCCCGACAAUCCAGAAAAUCAAGCGCGGAUUUUGGAGUUGAUUCAACAAGAGGCUAUAGAAGAGAAUAUGAAGCUAGCAUGGGACAUAAGUCCCGAAAGUUUCACGAGCGUCACUAUGCUUCAUAUAAAGUUGAAGAUAAACGGUAUAGAGCAAAUCGCAAUGGUCGACACAGGAGCCGCGAUGACCGUUAUCAGUUUGGAAAUUGCACAAAAGUGUGGAAUUUCGAGACUCAUUGACAAAAGGUUUGAAGGACAAGCGGUGGGUGUUGGUACUCAAAAGAUUGGCGGUAAAAUUCACAGUGUUCCAAUUGAAAUUGAUAACACGGGGAUUGAAUUACCGUGCUCGUUUUACAUCGUAGAUACCUCAGUCGGUGUAUUGUUUGGUUUGGAUAUGUUGAGAAGACAUAGGUGCUUGAUUGAUUUGAACAGAGACGUAUUAGUAAUUGGUGAACACAUUGAAGCUAAGUUUCUAUCUGAAGCUGAAAUACCCAAGAAAUCUAUAGGAAACAACAAUCUAUUUUCCAGAGGAUCGUAA